GUUGACGAUACUAAUCAAGAUACAUUUUUUGGUCUGGAAAUAUGUUGCUCUGUCUCAAACAGGAAACUGUAUUACUUUCCUCCUCCCACCACCAUGAAACAUAGAAGCAAAAGCCUCAUCAACAAGAGACAUCGAAGACAUGGAUGCCUGAUCAGAAAGAAGACACCUUGCUGUCCAUCAUAUUUUGAGGUAAUUUGUGUUUCAGGAGUGGUUCUGCCAAUGGAUCUCACUGAGGAGGAGACAGCACCUCUAAUGGACAGGGAGAGGGGGGGCAGCCAAAGGUCUGGUUCUGGCUCUGGUUUACAAGUCCAUCUCUACUUCCUCCCUGCCACAAAGGCAGGAACAACGUUCAACAUAUCCUCUGGACAAAUCUCUGCUGAAAGGGUCUGUGUCCUGGCAGCAAAAAAAUGUGGAAUCCUACCAGUGUACCACAGCCUAUUUGCUUUGGCGUUUGAUGAUCUGUCCAACUUUUACCCCCCAACACAUGUUUUCAGCACUGAUGAAAGCAUUAGCAUUCACUACAGAGUCAGGUUUUUCUUUGCCAACUGGUUUGGAGAGGGGUCAAAAACAUCAUACCGCUACUGUCUGAGAAGAGGCAGAAUCAGUGCAGUGCUCGACUACUGUGUCAUUGAUUAUCUCUUUGCCCAGUCCCGUAGUGACUUUGUGGCUGGCCAGGCGGGGGUCUCACCUCCCUUGAGCGUCCAGGAGGAGUGUCUUGGCCUGGCAGUGCUCGACCUAUGGCGACUGGCUAAGGAACACAACCAGAGUGUAAGGGAGGUGUGCAAGAAUGUCAGUUACAAGUCAUGCCUUCCUGAGACUCAUCGGCAGGAAAUCCAGCAACUGAGCCGGCUUGCGCGCUACAGAAUCCGCAACACUCUGAAACGGUUCCUGAAGAAGCUUGGCCGCUGCUCGGUGGGAGAACGCAGUCUAAAGCUGAAGUACCUGAUGGAGCUGGCAGGGGUGGAGCCUUCCCACGGCACUGAGACCUUUCAGGUGAACCACCCCGGCUCCCAGCUGCAGCAGAAGGAACCAACAUUCAACCUUAUGCGGGUCGCCGGGGAGAGCGGCAUACAAUUCAGUGGAAGUCACUGCCCUGCCGAUGUCCUGGAGUGGCAGACAUUCUGUGACUUCCCAGAGAUCAUCGACAUCAACAUCAAGAGGGCAUGCCACGAGCAGGUUCCCCAGGACAGCAGGGUGGUCACGAUCACCCGGCAGGACGACAGAUGCCUGGAGGCCGAGUUUCAAACAGUGACUGAGGCGCUUUCAUUUGUUUCACUUGUGGAUGGCUACUUCAGGCUGACUACAGACUCCAGUCACUAUUUCUGUCAAGACGUUGCACCUCCCAGCCUGCUUGAAGACAUUGAAAGCAACUGCCAUGGGCCAAUCACGUCUGAGUUUGCAGUGCACAAGCUGAAAAAAGUAGGCGCCAAAGAUGGCAGGUUUCUGCUAAGACGCAGCCCCAAAGACUAUGACAAGUUCUUUCUCACUGUCUGCGUUCAGACUCCUCUUGGGCUGGAUUACAAAGACUGUCUAAUUAUGAAGAAUGAACAAUUCAGUCUUUCGGGGGUCCACAAGUCCUUCCUCAGCUUGAGGGAACUCACUGACUUCUUCCAACAAAGCAAGCUGCUCCUGGCUGAGGUUCCUGUCAAGCUGGAAAGAUGUUGUCCACCUCGACCGAAAGAACUCUCAAACAUGGUGAUCAUACGCGGUAGCAGCUCAGUAGAGACACAGGGGUCUCCAACGCUGCAAAGGACCAAACCCAGUCACAUCCAGUUCCACAUGAUCAAGUACGAGGAUCUGCGAUGGUGUGAAAGCUUGGGACAGGGAUCCUUCACGCGAAUCUUCAAAGGCAGCAAGAUAGACAUCCGCGAUGGGGAGAGACAUGUGACAGAUGUUCUGCUUAAGGAGCUGGAUGCAAACCACAAAAACUGCUGGGAGUCAUUCUUUGAAGCUGCCAGCUUGAUGAGCCAGAUUUCCCACAAGCACCUUCUCCUUGUCUAUGGGAUAAGUGUUCACAGAUCCAAGAACGUCAUGGUGCAGGAGUUUGUCAAGUGUGGUGCCCUUGACCUGUACCUGAAGAGGGAAGGGUCAGUGUCGGUCAGCUGGAAACUUGACGUAGCCAAACAGCUGGCUAGUGCGCUCAAUUUCCUGGAAGAGAAGAACAUUACUCAUGGGAAUAUUUGUGCCAAAAAUCUGCUCUUGGCCAGAGAGGGGGACGCAUCCCAAGGAAGUUCUCCUUUCAUCAAGCUGAGUGACCCGGGCAUCAACGUGGCAAUGUUGGGCAGAGAUGGAUCUACCCCAUCGUGGAUAGCUCCGGAGGUGUUGGAGGAUCCAGAGAGGCUAGAGCUGGAGUGUGAUAAGUGGAGCUUCGGUGCCACGCUGUGGGAGCUAUUCAAUGGAGGACAGGCACCACUACAAGGCCUGGACCUCGAGAGGAAGCUGCAGUUUUAUGAGACCUACAAGCAGUUACCCUCCUCAGAGUGGACAGAGCUGGCGGAUCUUAUCAGUCAGUGUAUGAACUACCAGCCUGCAUUCAGGCCCUCCUGUCGAAGCAUAAUUCGCCAACUGAACAGUCUGAUAACGUCAGAUUAUGUGAUACUCCACGCUGCGGAGCCUCUCCCUGACAGGGACAGAGCAUUAGGCCCCUCCCACCAGCAGGACCAAUCAGUGUAUGAGGAGAGACACCUGCGCUACAUCUCCCCUCUGGGGAAGGGGAACUUUGGCAGUGUUGAGCUGUGCCGAUAUGAUCCUCUGGGGGACAACACAGGCGAGCUGAUUGCUGUGAAGAAGCUACAGCCCAACAAGCAGUCAAACCUGGAAGACUUUCAAAAGGAAAUCAACACCAUUCGCUCCCUGCAUUGUGACUACAUUGUCAAAUACAGGGGCGUCUGCUACAGCAUGGGUCGACUCAGCAUGAGCUUGGUGAUGGAAUAUUUGCCCUAUGGCAGUCUGAUUGGAUACCUGGAGAAGAACCGGCAGCACGUCAACAACAGGCGGAUGUUGCUUUUUGCCUCUCAAAUCUGUAAAGGAUUGGAGUACUUGCAGAGCAUGCGCUACGUGCACCGGGAUCUGGCUGCUAGGAACAUUCUGGUAGCAAGUGACACACUGGUCAAAAUAGCUGAUUUUGGCCUGACAAAGAUCAUUCCCUUUGACAAGGAGUACUACCGUGUGACACAUCCUGGAGAAAGCCCAAUUUUCUGGUAUGCCCCAGAGUCCAUCACAGAGUCUAAAUUCUCCCACAAGUCAGAUGUCUGGAGUUUUGGAGUCGUCCUUCAUGAGCUCUUCUCCUAUUGUGAGCACAACUGCAACCCAAAGAGGCUAUAUAUGCAGGAGAUUGGCAAUGACAUGCAGGGUCUCUCCAUUUCAAUGCAUCUGGUUGAUAUCCUGAAGGACAACUGGAGGUUGCCUGCUCCACCAAUCUGCCCUCCCAGAAUUUAUAGUAUGAUGACGACGUGCUGGGGAUACAGCGCUGAGGAACGGCCAACUUUCUCCACCCUGGGAGAUCAGAUUGAGACCAGCAUCCAAGAUGAGAGAGAAGGUUCAAAGGGAUGAAUAUAACUGAAGCCAACCCUAUUAGAGAAUGUUGGAUUCUAACUUGAAAUAUACUUAUUCCUGUUACCAUAUUAGAACUUAUUGAUUACAUUACAUGUAUAAUAAAUGUACAGUUGAAGUCGGAAGUUUACAUACACGUUAGCCAAAUAGAUUUAAACUCAGUUUUUCACAAUUCC